GCGGCGGGCGGCGCGGCCAUGAGGCUCCGGGGACGCGAUCCUCGCGCCGCCCCCUCCUCCAGCGCGGGGGCCGGCGACGCGCGGAGGCAGGCGCCCCCGGGGCGGAACCCCUUCGUGCACGAGCUGCGUUUGGGCGCCCUGCAGAAGGCCCAGGUCGCCGUCUUGACGCUGACGCUCUUCCCUGUCCGGCUGCUGGUCGCCCUCCUCAUGAUGCUGCUCGCCUGGCCCCUGGCGCUCGUGUCUUCGCUGGGACCAGGCGGGCAGGAACCGGAGCAGCCGCCGGUGUUGUGGCGGAGGGUCGUGGACGUGCUGCUCAAGGCCAUCAUGCGCACCAUGUGGUUUGCGGGCGGCUUCCACCACGUGGCCGUGAAGGGGCGGCGGGCACUGCCCACCGAGGCCGCCAUCCUCGCCCUGGCUCCACACUCCUCCUACUUCGACGCCAUCCCUGUCACCAUGACGAUGUCUUCCGUCGUGAUGAAGGCAGAGAGCAGAGACAUCCCCAUAUGGGGAACUCUGAUAAAGUACAUACGGCCGGUGUUCGUGUCCCGGGCAGACCAGGACUCCCGCAGGAAGACGGUGGAGGAAAUUAGGAAGCGGGCGCAGUCCGGCGGGAAGUGGCCACAGAUAAUGAUUUUUCCAGAAGGCACCUGUACCAAUAGGACGUGCUUAAUCACCUUCAAGCCUGGUGCGUUCAUCCCAGGGGUUCCCGUCCAGCCCGUGGUUUUGCGGUACCCGAACAAACUGGACACCAUCACAUGGACAUGGCGAGGCCCGGGAGCGUUGAAAAUCCUGUGGCUGACGCUGUGCCAGUUUCACAAUCAAGUGGAAAUUGAGUUCCUUCCGGUGUACACGCCCUCGGAGGAGGAGAGGAAGGACCCCAACCUGUACGCCAGCAACGUGCGCCGCGUGAUGGCCGAGGCCCUGGGCGUCUCCGUGACCGACUACACGUUUGAGGACUGCCAGCUGGCCCUGGCGGAAGGCCAGCUCCGUCUCCCCGCCGACACCUGUCUUCUGGAGUUUGCCCGGCUGCUCAGGGGUCUGGGACUAAAGCCAGAAAAACUUGAACAGGAUCUGGACAGGCAUGCAGAAAGUGCCAGAAUGAAGCAGGGCAGGAGGGUGACGCUCCCUGAGUUCGCAGCACAGCUGGGGGUCCCUGAGUCCGAGUCGCUGGAGGACCUGUUCUCCCUGUUUGAUGAGGGUGGCGGCGGGGAGGUGGACCUACGCGAGUACGUGGUCGCCCUGUCUGUCGUCUGCCGGCCGGCCCGGACCCUGGACACCAUCCAGCUGGCGUUCAAGAUGUACGGGUCACAGGACGGCAGCGUCGACGAGCACGCCCUGUCCAGCAUCCUCAAGACCGCCUUGGGGGUGGCCGAGCUGACGGUGACCGACCUCUUCCGGGCCAUAGACCAAGAACGGAAGGGCAGGAUCGCGUUUGCCGACUUCGAGAGGUUCGCGGAAGCGAACCCCAACUUCGCGGAGGAAUACCUGUACCCCGAGCAGACGCGCCUUCGGAGCUGCGCCCGGACGCCCCCGGCUCCCACCCCCAAUGGCUUCUGCGCCGAUUUCAGCCCCGAAAACUCAGCCGUUGGGACGGAGCCUGUUCGCAAGAAGCUGGACUAGGGAGGCAGGGUCUGGGGAGACCAGGCCUGUGCGCAGCCGCCAGCCGGUCUCACUCUCCCGCGCGUGCUGCCCCUGCCCUGCCCUCGGGGCGGGCCGGGCCGGGCCGGCUGGACCUUGCACGCCGGAAGGAAAGCCACAGCAGCUCGCGGGGCGGCUUCCGCGCCGCUUCCAGGCAGCAGUCGGGGGCCCGCGGUUGCUUUGUCCUCACCUCGAGCCCCGGUUCUGCCCCCAUUCUCUCCCUCGGGCCUUCCAGUCUGGUCCAGUCCUGUCCGGGCAGCACGGGCCGGCGGCCUCCAUGGGCACUUCAAGGCGGCACUCCCGCCCGCGUGUCGAUUCCAACAGUCUCCGCCGCCCUCUGCGGAGGAGGGCAGGGCUGCUGUCCGAUUUUUAAACGUUUCUAUAUUUGCAGGAGCUCAUGAGUCUUUUGUAAACUUCAUUUAGAUACUUCAGGAAACAUUCAGCCUUUUUUUUACAAGAAGAGAAUCGUUUUUCUACUUCGUUUUCCUUUGAGGGUCAGAGGAUAUUUAUUUAUAGGCCCUUUUUUGAUAGAUCCUGGGGCUCUUUGGAGCUUUGAGUUGACCUUCUCUCCAGCUCCUCCCAUCCAGGCAGCCCCCCUGCCCCGCCCCUGCGUUGGGGCGCCACAGGCACCCCGUCUGGAGCUGCCUUCCUGCAGCACCAGCCCUUUUCAGCCCCGCUACUCUUACACCAGCUUGGGGUUUCUGUUCUGGGGUGACCGGAUCCACGUCACCGACUGCAGGCUGCGACCAGAGCCCUGAGCGUGGGGAGGGGAGGCCGGCCUCGGUGGAGACCAGCAGGUGGCUCCUAUCUCCCCGAGGGCACCGGCAAUCCCCGGGAGGCUCCACCAGCUGCUGACUCCCCCCAGCACCCCCCUUUUGCCCCAGGUUUCCCGGGGCAAGAGCCAGAGCAGCCUCAGGGAAGGAAGGUGUGGGGAGCAGGUGGUGGGUUUCAGGGAGACCCGGGGGCUGGGGUACCUCUCUGUGCCCGGAGGUGGGGGGCGGCAGCUCCGGGCUCACAGAGGGGCUCCAGGGGCCUCCUUCACGGUCACGAAAUCACCUUGAUUCAUUUCCUCAGGACGUGAUUAGAAACGUCUCCUCAAAGCACAAUGACAACCACACGGAGUGUGUUCCCGGAGCACAGCCUCUGGGUUUGUUUGGGACUUUUUUUUUUUUUUUUUUAAUUUCUAAGGCGAUUGGAUUUUCUCUUGGGGCCAUCACCAUGGAAAGUGACCACCAGGGCUGGAAUUGCAGAGCAAAUAUUUACUGACUUCCUGAGGCUCAGAGAUCUGCAUGUCGACCGACAGAUGGACAGGCGUCAGGAAAGAAAACCCCCUUUAACUUCUGUUCAUUCCAGAGCCCCUCCAGCCCCGCGCUGGGCAGAGGGCACCUGACAUCAUUCCAGGGCACUGGCCCGCUGGACACAACACUUCUAGCACAGCCUUGGCAGCGAACAGGACUGAGGUCGUGACCAUAGAGCGCAUGAAGGUUCAUCUUUACAAGACAAAACCCUGCGCCCGGCUAUGAAGGAGGUGAACGAGCCAAGAUGUUCUGAGCAGGGGCGUCAGCCUGCGUCUGUGCAUGAAGGGUUUUUGAAUGAAACGCUGCCAUGCGUUUUCAGGAAAAAAAUCUCUGAUAAACAGACCUUGAAUGGAUGUUUGUUCCUCCUGAUUCUCUUUUCUCUUUCGUAGUGACUUAGGGUCGUGGGUUCAGAGCUGUGAAUGUACAGAGCUCGGGGGUGGAUGCCCCGUGCGUGGGACCAGGAGCUGCGAGGGGCCCACCGCCUGCAGGGGCCCCGCUGGGUGCUGGGGGUGGGGGGGUGGGGCAGGC